GGUGCGACUUAUACUCCGGAGCGACUUAUACUCCGAAAAAUACGGUACCACGAAUUGAUAAGUUGAACAAACUUAUUCGGGUGUUCCCAUUUAGUGGUCAAUUGUCCAGGGUGUACCCCGCCUUCCGCCCGAAUGCAGCUGAGAUAGGCUCCAGCACCCCCCGCGACUCCAAAAAGGGACAAGCGGUAGAAAAUGGAUGGAUGUACGGAAUAUGUACUGUACUGUGUAAACUGUACUGUUUCAUAUAAUGUAUUUUCCUCCUUUGCAAUCUACUAAUAAAAGUUUCAAUCAAUCAAAAAGGGCCAAGCAGGGAGGUAAUGGAUCCCAUUUUUAUAGUCUUUGUUAUGACUCGGCCGGGGUUUGAACUCACGAUCUACCGAUCUCAGGGCGGACACUCUAACCACAAGGUGCACUGCUAUGUACUUAUGAACUCAACAUUUACAGUAUAGGGGUGUUGAAACUGUUUUUGUUCUGUCAUUUGUAUAUGUAUGCAAUCAUAUGUGCACAAUAUGUAUUGUUUAUUGCUAUUUUUUUGUUGUUUUGUUGCAUCAGCUCCGUGCUCUUUUAUUGUCUUUCACAGCAGGGCUUCUUAACUUUUUUGACCUCGGGGCCCAUUUUUUCCACUACAGAAGGGACUGGGACCCUCUCAAAUAAAACCGAAUUAGUAAUCUUACUCUUGAUUUUGAUUGUAUUCAAUAAUUAUAUCUAAUAAUAACCUACUCACAGUAUACAACCUUGUCAAAUGAUAUAAAACCAUGUUUUAGAAUAAAGAAUAAUAUAUCUUUAACACAUAAAUCUUAAGCUUAGGUCAGGCUGAUUAGAAAAGAAGAGUACUCAUCAAACAUUGCAUAAGAAGGGACUAAUAAAUAACUGCUGAAAAAUAAAUGCACUUUUAAUUAUGUAUUGCUAAAAUAAAUACAUUAAAUUAAUAAUUAAUAUGUUUUUUAACUAAACUGUCAAUAAAAUUGAAGUGCAAAUGAAAGUACAGUUUCACCACUUUAGUCAUAUUUUUUGUGCUUAAGAAACUUCUCUGACUUUUGCUCCGGACUACUAUUUGAUAUUGUCAUUACGGCCCCGAGUUGAGGAACAGAUCAUUUUUGGUGGCAGGACAACAGUUGGACCCAGCCCUAUGGUUAAGAAACACUGUUUUAUGUCAUUUGUGUUCAUUAAAGUUUACCUCAUGUUUUUACCUUAUUUUUGUAGACUUUUUGUAUCUGUACUGCAACCACAUAAUUUCCCCCACUGUUGGAUAAGUAAAAGUAUCCUAUCCUAUUUACAACUUAAUGACUUGUCUUAUCUGUUUCAAGUGCUCCUGUAUUGACCCACUUUGUACACUGUAAACUCACAUGAAUACCGCCCUUAAAAUGAUAACAAUUAUGCUGUUUUAUGAUUAAGACUGUUUGAUAGGUAUUGCGACGAUGUGUAUGAUUGUGGUUGCAGUUUGCAGAGACUAUACUACUGUACACAACCAAUUAUGCUCAUUAUUUCACAUUGUAGGCUACUGCAUACUAUUUACACUUCAUAUGUAUCAUGUUUCUUUCUCUUGCAGACAUGAAUUGUUGAUUGGAUGAAAAUGAACAAACCAAAAAUGGCCUCAGAGAAGGGUGUUCCCAGUACCUCCAAAGUGCACAUACUACUGGCCCAACUGGAGAGGAUGACCGGCGACUCUAUGGUGACGGAUCCCGAAGCGAGCCGGCAGAUCACCUCCAAGCUUCUUCACCUCAUACAGACGCAAGAGAAGACUGGAAGGGAGGUGAUGUCCAAAGGCACCAGCGGCAUGGAAGUUAUCCUGUCUUCACUCGAGAGCACCCGGGACUCCCAGACCACCCUGAACAUCCUGUGCAUACUCAGUGAGCUGCUGACGUUGGGCAAAGGACGGCGGGUGGGAGCAUUUGUAUCAAAAGGGGGAACAGGCGUCUUACUCCGCAUUCUAAUCAGCGCCAGUAGAGAGGGUCAACCCAGCGAGGAGCUCAUGCUGCAGCUUCACUCCCUGCUGGCCAAGGUGGGCCUUAAAGACAGGAAGUUGGGAGUUAAGGCGCGUCUGAGCGGCGCCGUGAACGUCACCGUCAACCUGAUCAAGAAGAACCUGCAAAACAUCAAGCUGCUCCUGCCCUGUUUGCAGGUUCUCAGGGUUUACUCUGUCAACAUGGUUAACGCUAUAUCGCUGGGCAAAAGCGGUGCGAUCGAGCUCAUGUUUAAGAUUUUGGCGCCGUACAGCAAGAAGAACACCAGCCUGAUCAAGGUCACUGUAGAUGCACUGGCAGCGCUGCUCAAAUCCAAGACCAAUGCUCGGCGGGCGGUGGAAGCCGGCUACGUGUCCACCUUGCUGUCAGUCUACAUGGACUGGCAUCGACACGAUACGUGGCAUCGUCACACUGUCAUACGCAAAGGGCUUCUGUGCUGCCUGCGCAACAUCACCAACAUCAGACUGGGCAGGAGAGCGUUCACCAACGCUGACGGCAUGCGGAUACUCUACAACUCAUCCAGUGAGUGCCUCACUGUGCGCACCCUGGAUCCUCUGGUGAACACUUCAAGUCUCAUCAUGAGGAAGUGCUUCCCCAAGAACCGCCUGCCCCUGCCCACCAUCAAGUCCGCUUUCCAUCACCAGCUGACGCAUGUCCUGCCCUCAGGGCCUGUGGCGCAAUUAUACAGCCAACCUCCCGGAGUGGACGACGUGGUGGACGACAGCGACGACAACGAGGACAUGGAUGCAGACACGGAGAACGACACAGAGAACGAGGAGGACGAGAAGGACGAGAAGGAUCCUCGCUCUUUGAACGAAGACAUCGAGAAGGACAUAAACAAGCUGCACCCGCAGAAGAGCCCGGGCCGACCUUUUGAAGAGUUAAAAGUCUACGAGAGGUUUUUCGUGGAGCUAACUGAGGACUUCCAGGGUCAUAACAUUGAUUGCUCCACCACUGCCUCAACCACAUCUUCAUCCUCCUCAGCCCGACCCUCUAGGCCGGUCAUCGUGCCCACAGCUCAGGCCCUCUCCCCGAAUCACGUGACCACGCAGAACUCUCAGGUGCUGUGCCCACCUCACAAAGGACGAGACCCCCCGUCGCCUCCCUCCACCGCCACGGCUCCUCUUCCUCCUCCCGCUUUACAGCUGGACACCUUCCGCUUCAACAAGGAGCUAAGCAAAAAAGAGGAGAUGCAGCAGGAGCUCUUACACGCGCUGGAAUGCGUCUCCGUUAAAGCCGAGGCGUUUUUAAACGCGGACAAGCACAAAGGAUCUUCCAUCAGCACACGGAAACCCAGUCAGUCUCCUCUGCUUUUGGAGGGCAUCGCGAUCCGCUGUAUGGCUGGAGGAGGAGGGUCAGACUGCGGGUCCGAGGGCACGGAGGACGAAGGCGCCGUCCUGGAGGUACCCGACACGGCCCAGCUUCUCCCGCUGCACGACUUGGACCUUUACGUGGAAAUGGUGAAGGGGACUCAUUCUGUCCCUCAGUACACUGAAGUGGCCUACCCAGACUACUUUGGACAUGUGGCGCCCACGUUUAGGGAGCCCCUCCUGGAGAGAGUUUACGGCGUACAGAGGUCCAAGAUAUUCCAGGAUAUCGAGAGGUUGAUACACCCAAAUGAUAUCUUGGAUAAAUUACUUUAUGACCUUGAUGUUCCCAGUUGUCCCGUGAUUGAAAGCGAUGGCGAGUCGUUGAAGUUCAACUCUCAGUUUGAGUCCGGCAACCUCAGGAAGGCCAUUCAAGUCAGGAAGUACGAGUACGACCUGGUGCUGAAUUCGGACAUCAACAGCAACCACCAUCACCAGUGGUUCUAUUUCGAGGUGAGCGGCAUGCGCGUUGGAACCAUGUACCGCUUCAACAUCAUCAACUGUGAGAAGUCCAACAGUCAGUUCAACUACGGCAUGCAGGUGCUGAUGUACUCCGUUCAGGAGGCCAUCAGUGGCAGGCCCCGCUGGGUCAGGACAGGAACAGACAUCUGUUACUACAAGAACCAUUUUGCCAGGAGUUCUAUUGCGACAGGCGGCCAGAAAGGGAAGUCGUACUACACAAUGAGCUUCAGCACCAGCUUCAGCCAUAAGGAUGACGUCUGCUACUUUACCUACCAUUACCCGUACACGUACUCGUCUCUUAAGAUGCACCUGUUUAAGCUGGAGGCGAUGAGGACCCCCGAGAUCUAUCUGAGACAGGACGUCCUGUGCGAGACGCUGGGUGGAAACAGCUGCCCGCUCCUCACUAUCACCGCCAUGCCGGAGUCCAACUCCAGCGACCACAUCUGUCAGUUUAGGAAUCGUCCAUUGAUCUUCCUGUCAGCCAGAGUGCACCCCGGAGAAACCAACGCCAGCUGGGUGAUGAAGGGCACGCUGGAGUUCCUGAUGGGCGCCAGCUCGCAAGCCGCCAGCCUGAGAGAGGCCUACAUCUUCAAGAUAGUGCCCAUGCUCAACCCUGACGGAGUCGUCAACGGAAAUGACCGCUGUUCAUUGAGCGGAGAAGACUUGAAUCGCCAAUGGCAAAACCCCGACGCUGAGCUCCACCCGACCAUCUACCACACCAAGAGCCUGCUGCAAUACCUCGCACACAUGCAAAGAGCACCGCUGGUGUUCUGUGACUACCACGGCCAUUCCAGAAAGAAGAAUGUAUUCAUGUACGGCUGCAGUGUGAAGGAAACAAUUUGGCAGACUAACAUCAGCGCAGCUUCCACUGAAUUACAGGAGGACCUAGGAUACAGGGCCCUUCCAAAGAUCCUCUCCCAGAUCGCUCCGGCCUUCAGCAUGGGCAGCUGCAGCUUUGUGGUGGAGCGCUCCAAAGAGUCGACGGCACGCGUGGUUGUGUGGAGGGAGAUCGGCGUGCAGCGCAGCUACACCAUGGAGAGCACCGUCUGUGGCUGUGACCAAGGCAAAUAUAAGGGCUUUCAGAUUGGCACCAGGGAGCUGGAGGAGAUGGGAGCCCAGUUCUGCGUGGCCCUGCUGAGGCUGAAGAGAAUGACUGGUGUCCACAACCACCAACACCUGCUGGACCUGGAGAGCGACCUCAUCGGCACGCAGCCCAAAGUGGUCAGCUGUUCCACAACCUACGUGAUGGACGAGGAUGAGCCGUCCUUCCUGGAGGCCGUGGACUACAGCGCCGAGAGCAACGACGAGGACGGCGAAGCCGACAGCGAGGCCGGCGCCAGCAGCAGAGACGUGUCGGGGACUCCCGACUCGUGUGCGGCGGUGCGACUGUCGGACUCGGAGAGCAGUAAGGAAGCCUGGAAAACUGGGCGUGUCGCCAACCAGUGACUUUUAUUUGAUUUGAUUUAUUGUGUUUUUUUUAAUUUAUCCAUGCUAAGUCCCACGCACCCCUCAGCCCCUCCAGAACCUGCCCCCUCAACAUUUACUCACUCUGUGACGCUUCCUUUUGGGCCAAAAUCUCGCCAGGGUGCACCCGUCCAAAAAAAAAAGUCACACUUAUUUACAAAGUCAGUACAAACACAACAGGCUUUAGGACUCCUGCUGUUGUUUGCCUUUGCAUUUUUUUUUUUUGCAUUUUCUUCCUCAUAUUAUUACUUUUUUUGCUCCAAUAUAGUAAGUAACGUGGUGGACAUAAGAGCAAGGGAAACAACCUACGUACAAAAAACGGCGCCCAUUAAAGGGGAACUUAAAAAAAAAAAAAAAAGUAUAUCAUUCACAAUCCUUAUAUAACACAAGCACACAUUUAUUGUUCUUUUUUUAUGCAUUCUAAAUCGUAAAUAAAUGCUAGCAAUAGGUCGAUGCUCUGAAAAAAAUUCCCAAAAACUCCCCAAGUUUUUGUAUACACGCUUAAAGUGUAUAUAAAAAAUGUAAUAACAUUCAUAUUAACAUGUAAUAUUUACGUAUUUUGCUUUUCGGCCUGCCGAUAUUAUCGGCCGAUAAAUGCUUUAAAAUGUGAUAUCGGAAAUUAUCGGUAUCGUUUAUUUUUUUUAUUUUUAUUUUUAUUUAUUUAUUUAUUUAUCCCUGCUUCCGCCAUCCUAGUCACUGCCGUUGUGUCCUUGGGCAAGACACUUUACCCACCUGCUCCCAGUGCCACCCACACUGGUUUAAAUGUAACUUAGAUAUUGGGUUUUCACUAUGUAAAGCGCUUUGAGUCACUAGAGAAAAGCGCUAUAUAAAUAUAAUUCACUUCACUUCACUUAUUUUUUUUUUUUAAGUAAAUCAACAUAAAAAACACAAGAUACACUUACAA